GGGCCCGGCGGCACGGCACGGCGCGGCACAGCUGCGGGGGAGGCUCGAGACUCGGGCCGGGCGAUGCAGGGCGGCCGGCGCCGCCGUGCGGGCGGGAGAGGCGGCGCAAGGCUGAGGUCUGCGGGGGGUGUGUGGACACAGCUGGCGUCUGGCCGGCCUGUCCUCCCACGCACGGGAAAAAGUUGCUUUCUGUUGGAGGGGUUAGCGCUGGAGUGCUGCCCAGGCUGGAGAGGAGUGGUAUUUCCCGCCUAUGGAGAGAGUAGCGCCGCCAAGGCGACGGAGAGCCGCAUGUAUGGGUUUGGGAAGAGGCCGUGUGGAAAUGGGAUUAAGCCUGGAAGUGCUUUGGGAAAUCUGCACAGUGGGAACACUGCCUACUGAAGGGGAACAAGGAGGGAGAAGUGCAAUACAUGAAAGAAUUUUAGUAAGAGAAUGUAAUGGCGCUGAGGUCAAUAGAUUUGUGUUUUCAAUACAAGCAGAAUUUUAUAUAAACCUUUCUGUUGCAGUGACACCUUGUGCAGACGUCAGCUCUAACCAAAUAGCUUCUUCAUCUGGUCAACUCCAAAUUUGCUUGACUGCCGAACAACUCCAAGUCUAGCUUAAUACCAGAUCUGCUAUUUGUUUUAAAGGAACAUUGCAUAGUCAGACCUACAUCCCUGCAACAAGUGAAUCUGAUGUGUGAAGUGAUGUUUCAGCAUCUGCUUUUUGUUAAUACCAAACAGUGGAGAACUGGUGAUCCUGCUAUAUUUAACUGAGCAGGAGUCUCAAAGAGCAAAACCAAGGGAACUGAUGCUGAUGUUCAUGAAACACUGAAGUUGAGAUUUUAAUUACUUAAAUGUCAACACAUCAGAAGUUCUUGAAUUUUAGAAAGUUAUUCUGCAUUCCCACAGCAGUUCCCACUCUGCUCUUACAUAUAUCAAAGAAUUCAAGUUAUUGUUUAUUUGCUGAUGCAUGCAAAUUGUCUAACUGAAUAUUAUACCUCAAUUUUAUUGUUUUACGAGCUCUUUUCUGUAUAUUUUGUAUGUUCUUGUGUUUUACAGUAACAGUAAAAACUUCCCUUUUCUCUUUGUUCUACACUGCCACAUUUCAUUUCAUCCUUGGAACUUAGCAACACUCGGCAAUGUUUGUUGCUGAACUAUCACAACACGCUCACAGGCGCUCUACAAACAAACGUAUCAGAACAAUACUUCAGGAGCAGACUUCAUGGAAGCAUUUUCCAAAGAUGUUUUUAUUAAGUUAUAUUUAAGGUUUGACUUCCAAAUCCUAAGGCACCUGCAAUUGCUUCUCAAAACAGGAAAACGUUUGGAAAGGUUUGGCAAAUGAUUCUCAGAAAGGUGAAGGAAGGGGAUGAAAGUACUGCAGUUUCAAAACCUUAUGCACAAAACCCACUGGUAGACUGUUGAAGAAUCCUCCCUUCUCAAAUUGCACCUCAUCGCAGAACAUUGUGGGUUUUUGUGUGUACACAGGUUAUUUCCCAGUGAAUGAGGUGGACAGCAAAUCCUUUUUCUAACAGAAAACGAACUGAGUACCAACAUUUGCUUUUAGUAGCUGUGCUGCAGGAAUAUAUAAGAUGCACCUGGUUACAAAUUAUGCUUUUAAGAGAUUUCAGACUUAAACAGUUGAGUUUGUGAGAUAACAGCAAGCAGUGGUGGUGUUGUUUGUCUUGGUUUUUGUUUGCUUGCUUGCUUGCUUGCUUUUGUUUUCCCUGUAGUGAAGUCAAAAGAUAAGGAUGCAAAAACUAUCCUUCUUUUCCCUUUCUUUUGAAGAUGUGCCAGCAAAUCUCACCUCCUAGUUUUAUUUCAUAAAGUCCAAGGUCAUUAAUGGAAUCUUUCUGAAGAUAAUGUGAAGGAUUUCUGACUCAAAAUGAAUAUUCUUGUCUGUGUUAACAUUGCAGAGCUCUUAGCAAGAAAACAAAUUAAUCCUGAGUUAUCCAUGUGAGCAGUUAACAGCAAUCUAAAAUCUUAUUUAAGAGACAUUUCCUUUAAAACCUAUGUUCUUAACUCUAAUAAAUGUGUCAUUGAGAUCAACACUAGCGCUGUUCUCUCCUCAAAACCAAUGGCGCCAUGCUUGCAUGUAACUAUUCUCUCAUUGUUAGAAAAGGAGCAAGCUUGAGCUGAACAAACAAGCCUUCUGUCAGCUUAAGAAAAAUUAGCAGUAUUGGAGGAAAAAAUGGAGAAGACUAUGAGAAACCACAGUGCUACUCAGAGUUGGGAUAGCAAGACAGCAACAACAGACAUGUUGACAUGUAUACCUAUGCCCACUGCCUAGCCCUGAGAAUAAACAUCCUUGGGUGCUCCACAUCCAUACAGGUGAUCUGUCCUCCCCUUCAGCAGUGUCGCCCUGCCCACAGAGUCCCUGGGGAAGAGCCUUUGGCCAAUGUCACCCCCUCCGUUGUAUCCUGGCAUCUUCUGAAAAGCAUCGGUUGGCCUUGGCAUGAAUAACGCUGGGGACUGUCAGAACCAGGUCUGACUGUGUCACAGUGCUCAAGGCCAUGGAGCAUUUAGUUUACCAACAUGGGCCUGCGGAUUGCAUGAUGCAUACGAUUUCCACCCCAAAUCCCCGUGUCCUUUGAACACUGAAGAGUGGCAGCCAUAGUCCAAAGGUUUUCACAGCCCAGUGCGCUUCAGGAAGAUGGUGAGCGAGCCAAAUGGCACCACCGACGCCUCCUGGAAGCAGAGCAGUGAGGAACGGGUGGGCGUUUGCUGGGUCUCAGCCCCGGUGAGGACCGGGACUGCAGGAAGCGUGUGCUGUGCGGCACAAACCCCACAAAGUAGUAAAUGGGCCGAGGCGGUGGAGAUGGCAGCCCCUCCGCCAGUGCGCUAACAGGACACAGCUGCUCUGCCAGCAGUGCAAAGGGCUGCCGGGCUCGCGGCCGGCAGCGGCUCGGAGCCCGAUUCCAGCAGCCAGCCCGGGUCUCGCGCUGCAGUCGUCAGGGGCCGGCGGGCAGAGGGCAGGGCCCGGCUCUACCCGGGCCGUGCCGCGGCCCCCCCGCAGAUAACCGCGGCUCCCGCCUCCCCCCGGCUCCAGCGGGACGGCUCUGCCCCCCUCCCUCCCCGCGCGGCCCCGGCCUCAGCCCCGGCUCGGCAGCCACUCUCCGGCAGCCGAUCUCCUCGGCGCGGUCACCAUGGCUCGGCAGCCCGGCGGCUUUCUGCAGGAGGCCUCUCACCAGAUCGCCGCCGGCGGCUCGGCGGGGAGACAGUUCAAGUGGAGAUCCACAUUUCUUAUUAUCAGGUCUUGUAGAAAUUUGCCUGAUGCAUCCCCUUGAUGUAGUGAAAACAAGGUUCCAAAUUCAAAGAGGGAAAACUGAUCCUACCAGUUACAAGAGCCUGGGGGACUGUUUUAGGACUAUUUUCCAGAGAGAAGGAUUGCUUGGCUUCUACAAAGGAAUACUCCCUCCCAUCUUGGCUGAGACACCCAAAAGGGCAGUGAAGUUUUUCACCUUUGAACAAUACAGGAAGCUACUAGGAUAUGCAUCUUUACCACCAGGACUGGCGUUUGCAGUUGCUGGCUUGGGAUCCGGAUUAACGGAGGCAAUUGUGGUCAACCCUUUUGAAGUAGUAAAGGUUACCUUGCAGGCAAAUCGAAACAGUUUCACAGAGCAACCAUCUAGCUUUGUUCAAGCUCAGCAGAUCAUCAAAACUGAUGGUUUGGGCCUCCAUGGACUCAACAAAGGUCUUACUGCAACACUGGGCCGUCACGGAGUUUUUAACAUGGUUUACUUUGGAUUCUACUUCAAUGUGAAAAACAUUCUUCCAGUCAAUAAGGAUCCAAAUUUGGAGUUUUUGAGGAAAUUUGGAAUUGGGCUAGUCUCAGGAACAAUAGCCUCAAUUAUUAACAUUCCUUUUGAUGUCGCAAAAAGUAGGAUUCAAGGACCACAGCCAGUUCCUGGAGAGAUCAAGUACAGAACCUGUCUUAAAACUAUGGCAACAGUCUAUAAAGAGGAAGGAUUUCUGGCUCUGUACAAAGGCUUGAUUCCCAAGAUCAUGAGGCUUGGUCCAGGUGACAGUGCAUUCUGGCUCAGGUCUAGCAAAUCAGUGGUGCAGUGAUGCUUUUGGUUUAUGAAUACGUUUAUGCAUGGCUUCAGGACACAGUUGAUCCCAAGUAGUGCUUCUGAAAAAUGUACUUCUUAAAACUAUAUGCAUUCUAAAAUACAUUUUAAUAAAGUGAAACUGAUUCUCAGCUGUUAA